AGGAUUUACAAUGUUCCUUACAGAAAGGAACAGAACCCAAGUUGCUAAUGCUUCACUUUAAAUUUAAGCAUAAAAGAAUAAAUAAUAAAUAAAUAAAAGAAUAAAAAAAAAAUGAAAAUACAAACUAGCCGAGAUUUUUCAUAAGUCUUAACCAUUCUUUUCCUUUUCUUUGCUUUGAUUCUUUGAAUGUAACUGCCCUAUUUUAUCCCAAUUCAAGUUCAACCCUCCUAACUGUUCUCCAACCGCCGUCUCUUUAGCUAGAAAUGCUUAUCACCCAUUUCUAAUUCCAAAACAUAUUUAAAGAUUAGACCUUUCAGAUAGAAGAAAAACAAGAAGAAGAAGAAGAAGGAUAUAUAUCAUAUGGUCAUCCAACCAUUUGGUGUAUUUUUCUAAGCCAAAGAUUUGUGGGGACCAGAAAAAACAAAUCUUUUGAGUCCUUGGUCCCAAACCAAGAGUAAAGUAUCGAUUUUGAGUAAGUUUCUGAUGUGGGUUUUCAUAAAUUGGUUCUGGGUGUCUUGGUUUUCUUCCUUUUUUGGCUAAAAAUGAGGUCUUUUGCAGAGAGGAAUUGUAGUUAGACUGUGACAUGGAUAUUUAGUAGUAGUGGUUGUGGUGGUGGGAGAGAUCUGGGUGGAAAAAGAUGGAACCUCCGAAAGGAAUUUUGGCUUCUGUCUGGAACUUUAUUUGCUUUCUUCCUUACUUCAUUGGGCUUUUGCUCCUUGGGGGCAUUAAAGGUAUCAUAUUAUGCCCCAUCAUAUGUCUUAUCAUGUCAAUUGGAAACUCAGCUGUCAUACUGGUUUACUGGCUUCCCCAAUGUUACUGGGCCUAUUAUUGCAUUUUGUGGGCUAAAAAAUUGGGACCAGUUCUAAAGCUUUUCCUCUGCAUAUCCGUACUACCAGUGAGUUUGAUUCUGUGGCCUGUGGUUGGUAUUCUUGGUAGUAUUGUGGGUGGAGCUGCUUAUGGAUUGUUUUCGCCGAUACUUGCUACUUUUGAAGCUGUUGGAGAAGGGAGGACAAACCGAUUAUAUCACUGCUUUUACGAUGGAACUGUGAGCACCUUCAAAGGAUGUUUUACUGUUAUCAGGGAUUUUAAAGAUGUUUGUGUCCAUUCAUAUUUCUCAAUUUUGGAUGACUUAAGAAAACAAGGGCCUCCUAAUGGGAAAUAUUAUGAGAUCAGAUUGCUCUAUCUUCCUGGUGCUCUUAUAGCAGGAGUCCUUGGUUUCAUGAUCGAUAUGCCAGUGAUAUCAAUGCUUGCCCUAUUCAAAAGCAUUUACAUGCUCUUUAAGGGGUGGCAUCGUUUGUUUCAUGACCUUAUCGGUCGGGAAGGUCCUUUCUUGGAAACAAUAUGUGUGCCAUUUGCUGGCCUUGCUAUCCUACUUUGGCCAUUGGCUGUUGUUGGAGCAGUAAUGGCUUCCAUUUUGGCCAGUGUCUUUAUUGGUGCUUUUGCCGGGGUUGUUGUUUAUCAGGAAUCCUCUCUCUGGUUCGGGCUUCGCUAUAUUGUUGCAUCGCUGGCAAUAUACGAUGAAUACAGCAAUGAUAUUCUUGAUAUGCCAGAAGGGUCCUGUUUUCCAAGACCUCACUACCGAAAGGAGUCUUCAUCACACAAUGCUGCCCGCACCUCAUCCUUAUCUAGGGAGAGUGGCUCUUUCAAAAAUCCACCCUCUCGAACAGCUUCAUUCAAUAAUCCCAUGGUCGAGUUAAAGCCACUUGAGCUUCUCGAUAGCUUAUUCAAGGAGUGUCGACAUCAUGGGGAGAUUUUGUUUUCUGAUGGAGUAAUAACUCUUAAAGACGUCGAAGAAGCUAGGUCUAGCAAGGAUAGCAGAAUUAUCGGUGUUGGCUUACCGGCUUAUUGCCUUCUUCAGACACUACUGCGGUCUGCAAAGUCAAAUUCUGUCGGUCUUUUGUUAAGUGACAAUACCGAGCUAACGAGCAGAAACAGACCAAAAGACGCCGUCUUUGAUUGGUUUUUCAAUCCAUUAAUGAUCAUUAAGGAACAGAUUAAAGCAGAAAAUCUUUCUGAAACAGAAGAGAACUACUUUUGCAAAUUGGUUCUAUUGAGCGGUGACCCUUCAAGGUUAAAAGAUGCAAAUAUUGGUCCCCCACCAGAACCAGAGCGUAAGCGAGCUGAAUUGGAUGCAUUAGCAAGAAGGCUUCAAGGAAUCACAAAAUCAAUCUCAAGGUAUCCAACUUUUAGGCGUCGCUUUGAGAGUUUAGUCAAAUCAUUAUCGAACGAGCUUGAUACGAAUGGAAAGCAGUUAACGAUCCAAAGAUCGAAGAGUGCCUUCGCGAGAAUGUUUAGCCAAAAGUCCUUUAAGAAAACAAGCAACGACGUGUCUGAUCAAGAGUCGCAAAUAGUUGCCAGAGAUGUGGAAAUCGCAUGACUGAAAAACAUAGAAAUCAUCACAAUUGUUUCACUUCCAAAUUUUGUAUUCUUAGUGCUUUUUGAUUGUUUACAUUAGAUACUGAUAUGAUUUAACUUCUUGUUGGCGAUGAUGCUAGCUAAGAAGAAUGUAUUUGUAUGCAAUAUCUUGUAUAAAACUCUAAUUUGUAUCACCAAUUCACCAUCAUAGAAGAAAAAAAAAAAAAAAGCAAAGUUGCUUACCCUUGUAACAUCAGCAUGAAUUAUCUUAGUAAGUAUUUUAAUUUACUCAAUUCUCAA